UACCCGGAGCGGAGCGAGCCAGAAGGGAGCAUGGUCCCCGCGCCGCGGCCGCGCCAACCCCCGCGCCGCCGCCGCCGUACCCGUCGCCGCGGACCCAGCUGCAGCUCCGGCCCCGGCCCCGGCUCCGCAGCGUCCGCGCGCAGCCCCGGCGGCCGCCGCGCCUGAGCUCAGCCCCAGCCCCGCGGCCGCCGCGGCUGCGGGAGAGGGCGGGGGCGAUGCUGCCGGAGCCGCCGCCGCCGCCGCCGCCUCGGUGAGAGCCGCGCCGCGCCGCGCGUAGCCGCACAGGCUGACAGGCAGAAGGACUGACUUCCCUCUCCCGGGCAUCCUCCCUGGGCUGCCGGGAGGCGGCGGCGGAGGCGGGGAAGGAGAAGGAGAAGGCGGAGAGCAGGCACGCGCUGAGGUGGACCUGGAUCCGUUUCUCCGGGCCAGGACCCUAGCGGCCCCCGCCACCGCUGCCCGCCGGCGCCGUCCGCUGUCCAUCAGCCCUCCCGCGCCCACCCGCGACCCCCAGCUCUCUGCGCGUCGGGCCGGGGCCGGAGCCGCACGGCCGGAGACUGUCUGGCCUGGUGAUGCUCAAGCGGUGCUAAGUGUUGGUGGCCACCGAGACUUUUGCAUCCUGGGGACGAAUCCAGAGCUUGCCAGAGACGGACAGCGGAAGGUAGGUCUCUGCUCAGCUUACCUGGAAGUCCGGCCUCUGUUUCCUCCUGAGGAGCAGCCGCGGCUCACCAAGAUGUCCCGGCACCACAGCCGCUUCGAGAGAGAUUACCGCGUGGGCUGGGACCGCCGUGAGUGGAGUGCCAAUGGGACGCAUGCGACCACCAGCAUCUGCAGCGCCCCCGCCGGGGCUGGAGGCGGCACAGCCAGCAGCCUGAGCGCCCGGCCUGGCCUCCUGCCGCUGCCCGUGGUGCCCUCCCGGCUGCCCACGCCCGCCACGGCGCCCGCCCCCUGCACCACCGGCAGCAGCGAGGCCAUCACCAGCCUCGUGGCCAGCUCUGCCCCCACCGUCACCACCAAGGCCCCUGGCAUCUCCAAAGCUGACAAUCAGUCCCAGGGACUCACGACCAGCAUCCGGUGGGGGCAGACGCCCAUCAAUCAGUCCACGCCCUGGGACACUGAUGAGCCGCCCUCCAAACAGAUGAGGGAGAGCGACAAUCCAGGCACAGGGCCAUGGGUGACCACAGUGGCCGCCGGAAGCCAGCCCACCCUGAUUGCACACUCCUAUGGAGUGGCCCAGCCUCCCACCUUCAGCCCUGCUGUGAACGUCCAGGCCCCGGUCAUUGGGGUGACCCCCUCACUGCCUCCCCACGUGGGGCCCCAGCUCCCGCUGAUGCCCGGCCACUACUCGCUCCCACAGCCGCCCUCCCAGCCACUGAGCAGCGUGGUGGUCAACAUGCCUGCCCAGGCCCUGUAUGCCAGCCCGCAACCCCUGGCCGUGUCCACGCUGCCCGGAGUGGGGCAGGUGGCCCGCCCAGGACCCACUGCUGUGGGCAACGGCCACAUGGCAGGGCCCUUGCUGCCUCCACCACCGCCGGCCCAGCCGUCUGCUGCCCUCCCCAGCAAUGCCCCCACCACCAAUGGGCCCCCCACGACCGACUCAGCCCAGGGGCUGCAGAUGCUACGGACCAUUGGCGUGGGGAAGUAUGGGUUCACCGACCCCGGGCACCCCAAAGAAAUGUUGAAGGAAUUGAACCAGCAGCGCAGAGCGAAAGCGUUUACAGACCUGAAAAUUGUUGUUGAAGGCAGAGAGUUUGAAGUCCACCAAAAUGUUCUAGCUUCCUGCAGCUUGUAUUUCAAGGACCUGAUUCAAAGGUCGGUGCAAGACGGCAGCCAGUGCGGCCGGGAGAAGCUGGAGCUCGUCCUGUCCAACCUGCAGGCUGACGUCCUCGAGCUGCUGCUGGAGUUUGUCUACACUGGCUCCCUGGUCAUCGACUCAGCCAACGCCAAGACGCUGUUGGAGGCGGCCAGCAAGUUCCAGUUCCACACCUUCUGCAAAGUCUGCGUGUCCUUUCUUGAGAAGCAGCUGACGGCCAGCAACUGCCUGGGGGUGCUGGCCAUGGCCGAGGCCAUGCAGUGCAGCGAGCUCUACCACAUGGCCAAGGCCUUCGCGCUGCAGAUCUUCCCCGAGGUGGCGGCCCAGGAGGAGAUCCUCAGCAUCUCCAAGGACGACUUCAUUGCUUACAUCUCCAAUGACAGCCUCAACACCAAGGCCGAGGAGCUGGUAUACGAGACCGUCAUCAAGUGGAUCAAGAAGGACCCUGUGUCCCGAGCACAGCAUGCGGCAGAGCUCCUGGCCGUGGUCCGCCUCCCCUUCAUCCACCCCAGCUACCUGCUCAACGUUGUUGACAACGAGGAACUCAUCAAGUCAUCGGAAGCCUGUCGGGACCUGGUCAAUGAGGCCAAACGUUACCACAUGCUGCCCCAUGCCCGCCAGGAGAUGCAGACACCCCGAACCCGGCCCCGCCUCUCAGCAGGUGUGGCCGAGGUCAUCGUUUUGGUCGGGGGCCGUCAGAUGGUGGGGAUGACCCAGCGCUCCCUGGUGGCUGUUACCUGCUGGAACCCGCAGAACAACAAGUGGUACCCCCUGGCCUCACUGCCUUUCUAUGACCGCGAGUUCUUCAGUGUGGUGAGCGCCGGGGACAACAUCUACCUCUCAGGUGGGAUGGAAUCAGGGGUGACGCUGGCCGAUGUCUGGUGCUACAUGUCCCUGCUCGAUAACUGGAACCUCGUCUCCAGAAUGACUGUCCCCCGCUGCCGGCACAAUAGCCUUGUCUACGAUGGGAAGAUUUACACCCUCGGGGGACUUGGCGUGGCAGGCAACGUGGACCACGUGGAGAGGUACGACACCAUCACCAACCAGUGGGAGGCAGUGGCCCCUCUGCCCAAGGCAGUGCACUCUGCAGCAGCCACCGUGUGUGGCGGCAAGAUCUACGUAUUUGGGGGCGUGAACGAGGCAGGCCGAGCCGCGGGCGUCCUCCAGUCUUACAGCCCACAGACCAACACGUGGAGCUUCAUCGAGUCCCCAAUGAUCGACAACAAGUACGCCCCCGCCGUCACCCUCAACGGCUUCGUUUUCAUCCUGGGCGGGGCUUACGCCAGAGCCACUACCAUCUACGACCCUGAGAAAGGGAACAUCAAGGCGGGCCCCAACAUGAAUCACUCUCGCCAGUUCUGCAGUGCCGUGGUGCUUGAUGGCAAGAUUUAUGCAACCGGAGGCAUUGUGAGCAGUGAGGGACCUGCCCUGGGCAACAUGGAAGCCUAUGAACCCACAACCAACACAUGGACCCUCCUACCCCACAUGCCCUGCCCUGUGUUCAGACACGGUUGCGUCGUGAUAAAGAAAUAUAUUCAAAGCGGCUGACACUAGCAGAAAGCCCCCAAGGAGACUGUAGACGAGUCUGGGGAGGCAGAUGCUCCUCACAGUUCAAUUUUCCGCAGCCAAUAAGAGGCCGACAGACACAGUCAAGGAACUCACUGAGCUAAACAUUUUUGAUUACUCUCUACACUGAAUGUAGAAAAUCAUCCUUGCCUUUAGGGGACACGGGGGCACAGCACUCCGAGCAGCAGGAACCGCAACCACCGAGCCGGCGAGUGGGGCCUCGGGCUCCUGUGGAGAUGCUUGCUCUGAACAGGGGUGCUCACUCUGCCCGGUGCAAUAGUUUCACAUAUUUUUCAACUGGGAGAGAGAAGCUAUUUUUUCCUUCCUGCAGAGCAAGCUUGAUCCCUAAACAACCACAGAUCAGUUAUCCUAUGACAAUGUUAGGUGUCAGGCUCUCUUGGAAUAAGAUCAAAGUGUCCUUAUCACUUUGAUUCCUACUUUUGUUUUUAACCAAUCCACACUUUUCAGUGGCGGAGAGAAAAGAAGGGACAAUACUGUGCUGCACGAGGCCCAGGAGGCUGCGGGACCCCGCCAGGACGAGAAGUCCAGCCACCGUGCAGGGCCGGAUGUGGCCGGAGCCGCAUGGCAGGGCAGCUGGGGAGAGCUGUCUGUCCUCCGCGGGUGUUUCUAUCCUGUUUUUGCUGGAGAAGGACAAGAUGAUUGUGCUAGGUUUCUCUUAUCCGAUAUGAAUUAUUUAGAUUUCCGAGGCGUUUUCCUGAUAAAUAAAAGCCUAUUUUUAAGUAGUGAGAGGCCAUGAGAGGGAUAAUGCGCGAAUUCCCAAAGCUCUUUGCAGGUGGUGCCAGAGUGGGGCAUUUGCUCUAAUUUUUCUAUGUGCAGAAUAGAGGAUCUCUCCUGGGAGGAGUGGGGCGGUGAAUGCCCCCUUUUUAUUUUUGGAAAAAGUAACUCUCAGACAGCCCCAUAAAAGCUGUGCCUCAUGGAGGCACUGUCAGAGAAGGAAGAUUCUGGUCUAGGAGACCAGGUGUAGCUGGGACACCACUCCAGCCCCUCCAUGAGGUCAAGCUCCAGGCCGGGUGGGAAGGGAAGGAGGGACGGCGGGAGAAUAAAUGUCUGCAAAGCACAGGAGGUUAUUUUUGAUAUUUAUAGCGAUAUAUUAAGGCACCUGCCACAAGAACGCUCAGGAUGAGGAUGGCCUUUUUAGACGAGCCACGGCAGCCAAGGCCUGAGGGGCAUGAGCAAAAUCCCUCCUCUGGCAGCCUGUCAACCUGAGAAGGGGAAGCCGGGCAGAGGUGGCACCGUGGCUCACAAGAGAAAGGCUUCCUGCUGGUCCUCAGACCCUUAAACCUCAGCGGGGAUCAGUUCCCACGCCAGGGCAAGAAGGACGCUGCCGCCACUGCGCUGGUUAGUUGAAGUUGGUACCAAAUACACAUUUACCAUUUUUAUAUCUGGGAAGUCAACUUGCUGUCAUUUUGUGAUGAAAACCACUUAUAAGGAGACAAGGACAGGACAUGCUUUCCAUCUUUCAGUAUUUGAUGACACAAAAUUCUACUUCUGAUGUCCAACUUCUAGCAUUACAAGUGUGGCUCCCACUUGGACAAGAUACAGAGCUUCGUUAUGCAGUUUUUAAUAUUAUUUAUUCUUUUAAAAAGUAAUAAGCACAAAACUACAUACGUUGUAUGUCAUUUAAAGUAUUUAUGUCAAACAGGGUGCAAGUGUGAACCCAAGGACUGGAGCACAAAUUCCUAACUGCCUGGGGCAGGGCUAAUGUUAGUGUUGGUGUGCGUCUGCCUCCAAAGGAGGUGUUAGUGUUCAGCAAGACUCAACACAGAUGACAUUGAAAUUCCGUUUCUCUCCUCAUCUACCACACUGGAGCAAAACUGGCUAUUUCUGUGAAUGAUAUAAAACAGGGUUCUCUGUAAUGGUAUUGUACAUAGUAUAUGUUUAUUGUUAAGUUCUUGUUAUAUUAUAAUAAAUAUAUUUAUAGAUCUAGA